AUGUCAACUAUCCAAAACUUAAACGCAUUUGAUCCAUUCGCCGACACUGGUGAUUCAGAAGCUCAACCAACAAAUUACAUUCAUAUUCGUAUCCAACAACGUAAUGGUAGAAAAACUUUAACCACAGUUCAAGGUGUUCCAAAUGAAUAUGAUUUGAAAAAAAUUUUAAAAGUCUUGAAAAAAGACUUUGCUUGUAAUGGUAAUAUUGUUAAAGAUGAUGAAUUGGGUGAAGUUAUCCAAUUACAAGGUGAUCAAAGAGUUAAAGUUAGUGAAUUUUUAACUGCUCAAUUACAAUUACCAAAGAAAAACAUCAAAAUCCACGGUUUCUAA